GAAUGCGCCAAGUGAGGGCACUUAGGGCAUGUUCAGACUACUUCACAUGAAGGCGCGCCAGAUGUCCCGAGACUAUGACGCCAUGAAACCCGCCAGCGAGUCCGGCGAGGACAGCGAAGCCAGUGGGGAUGAGCCUUUCCCGGUGGACGAGGUGAGCCGGAUCCGCUGGGCGGAGUUGAUGUCCUCGUCCCAGCGCGGCGAGACCUUCCGGGAGCUGGCGCGGGACUACGCCGACCGGAUCUGGCUGAUGCACAAGAAAGCCAGGCUCAGCGAGGCGCAAAAGAGCUUGGAAGCUGCCCAGGAAGCGCGAGAGCGAGUCGAUCUGCGCACGGCCCGGCAGCGACCUGAGGUUGUUCUGGGCUUCAAGCAGGAGGAGGAGCAUGCCAAGAAACUCAUCGAAGAGUUGCAGGCAGAGAUCUGCGAGGAUGGGCCGAUCCAACCCUCUUGGUGCGACGAGUGGGUCGAGGAGUUGAACCGGAUGUCCCCCGCUGCCUUUAUGGAAUAUGUCACGGUGCUCAGCGUUGAGAAGGGCCAAGAGCAUUUGUACAAGUUCAUGAGCAGUUUAUCUCUGGAGCUGACCUGGUCUCGCGCCGAAGCACGGCUCUACGAGAUCCCCGCCGUGCGGCAGCGCCUGCAGCUGGAGCACGGCUGUCACUUCUGCGACUGGAAGCCGGUGCUUGGUGGGUCGGUGUUCUCGGUGCUCUUUCACCAGCCAAGCAACGCCCAGAUGCACCGGGAUGAUGUGGAGAGUUGCUUCAACACAGUGAGCAGCAAGAAGUUCACGGACUUUCACAUGGGGCAAACGCUAUGGAGUUUGUUCAAGCAGAAGAUUGCCACCGGGGAUCGUGCGUGUGCCAAAGCCAGCUACAGCAUCACUCCUUUGGUCCAACUCUUCCAGUGCCGCAACCAGUACCAAGCUUUGCUUCUCAAGGUCGUGGUGGACAUGGGCAACGAGAGCCAAUGCAUGAACACCGUGGUGGGGCGCGCCAUCCUGGCCGAAACCCAUCGACGGACCCAUUGGGGCAAUCUCUUGGAUACGUUCCUGGACCUCAUGUACAUUGCGAUUCUGAUCCGCAUGUCCUUCAAUUUGGAGAAUCACACGUACCCGGAGACUCCGCUGAUCGAGCUCUUUGCAGCGUUGAGUGUCUGGAUCACUGGAUCGCUCUGUUUAAAGCUGGGCGGAGGGAUGUACCUCUUCCGCGGCACGAGGGCUGGUUUGGCCGUGGGCCUUUUGAAGCACUUGGACCUCUAUACGGUGGCGCUUUCUGCGAUUGAAGUCUUCUCCGUCUACGUGGGGUGUCGCUUCAUCGCCUAUGGCACCAGCGACGGCUUUCAAACGAACCAAGCCUGGGAGCUCUUCCAGAAACAUCCUGGCUUCCUAUCAGCUCUGGUGCUCACACGCUGGAUGCAGGUGCUCUUCAGUGUUUGUCAGCUGGAGGGGGUUGGCUCGAACGUAGUCCCGGUCUUCCACGCAGUGACCCGCCCAGCCUCGGUGAAUUUCAUCUUGGUCCUCAUGCUGGGCGUGAUGGCCUCCUUCCAUGCCUACUUCGUCUUCCCCAUCUCCGAGAACGUCGGCAGCAUCAACAACGUGUUGAACGGCUUCCUGAAGAUCUUCCGCUUGGAACUCCUGGGCGACUUCGACCUAGCGGAGCUCGAGGGCCUGGGCGAGCGCCUGUCGGGCAACUUCACCCAUGGUUAUUUCAAAGGUAAGAUGGGAGAGGACGCGCAUACGAAUAUCCACCGGUGGCUACGCUUCGAGUUCAUGGUCCUGAGCGUAGUCGUCACCGUGGUGGCCAUGAACGUCUACAUCGGCCUCUUGGGAGAGCUCUACUCCAAGGCGGUGGAGCGGAAGAAUGGGCUCUACAACCACUGGUUGGCUUCGACGGCCUAUCGCUUUCUGUGUCGACAGAUUGGCGUGCGCGUUCUUUUAUGUGACUGUGAAUGGUUCAGUUUCCGACCCCAGGACAAAGGGCCUGGACUCAUGUGGUUCGCAUAUGAAGAGGAUCAUUUGAUUGACACGGUCACUUGACGGCGUGAGAGUUCUGCUCUACCGGUGGUGUCUCAGAAACGCUGGACCCAUCGAACUGGCCAACUGUCAGCAGAAAAACGGCUGGAAACGUCAGGUCCUGGGGUCGGUCCGUGGGCCGACGCAGGGGGCUGUGGAAAGGUUCGAACCUCGAUGCUUCAUGUGCAGUAAGAAGGAGGAGGAGGG